UGACGCUACAAGGCGCGAAUUUAUCCCACAAAAACCGCACGCGACUGUUUACAGUUCAAGAGCAUGCUCAGAAUUCGCGUGAAUCAUCAGCUGUUCGCAUAUUAAAACCAUAUAAUCCACCUGUUAGGACACUUAACGUGGAUUCUGAAGAAAUGAAUGCGACCGCGGAACUAGAAAUGAAAACGAAAUCCAUUGUAGAUGAUACGCACGUCAAAGUUACGCCAAGACAAGGGGGCGUGUCUUUAAGAAGAAGACCUGCAGAUUCCAGAUGUAACGCUAGGAGCGUCAAUUCAGGUUUUAAAUCUCCUGUUCAGAAGUCUAGUAUGGUGAAAUCUCCCUUGUGCACUGAGGAAGAAGUCAAAGAGCUCAAGAAAACACUUGAUCGGCUGGAUACAGAGAUCGCCUUGUUGGAAAAAGAAGGAUUUGUUGUACAAGAGCUGGAUCAGCACAUAGACCUGCUGCACGAAUACAAUGACAUUAAAGACAUUGGACAAACUUUACUGGGCAGAUUAGCUGGCCUGCGUGGAGUGACCACACGAGACUUAUACAGUCACUUUGGCCUCGAGUUGGACGACUGAGCUUUGUGAGAGGAAAUUGAGGAGCUGAAAGGCCUCAUAAUACUGUUAGUGUUUUAUCUUUUUAUUUAUAGCAAAUACACCAGCUAGUAUUGUUUUCUUGAUGCUGUUGUGCUGAAUGAGUAAAAUUAAUACGUUUCAGUGAAAUUAACAUGCCCAACUCUGUCAAACUGAUUCCAUGAUACAUAUAACUCUUCAAAGAAAUCGAAAGGCUUCUGUCAACAUUGUGAGAAGAAUUGCCUCAACGUUUGUCUCUGGACACGGUUUUCCUCACCAAAUGGGAGGUGUUAUUGUGCAUGAGAGAGAUUGUAAUCUAAAUCUGGUGAAUUAAAGGAAUAGUUCACCCAAAAAUUACAUUUGUCAUCAUUUAUACACCUUCAUGUUGUUUCAAACCUGUAUGACUUUCUUUCUCAGUUCAACCAAAAAUGAGAUGAAACUUUGUGAAUGUUCAGUGUUCACACAACUCCUAUUUGUACUUUUACAACCCAUGCUUAUUAUGCUUUCAUUGUACGAAAAAGAGCAGCAUGAACAUUUUUCAAAACAUCUAAUUUUGUGUUCCACAGAAGAAAGCCACCAAAUACAUGCAUUUGCCACAUUUGUGUGGUUGUUCAAAGGCUGUUACAGAACUGAUCCAACUGUGUGAAAGUUCAAUAAAUAAAUGUUAUGUGAGUUAUGAUA